GAUUGCUAUAUGUCAGAAGUCAAAAGUCAAUUUAUUAGCACUCAAGGCUCAAGGUCAUCGGGUACAUUGAGCUUAAUGCAUUCAUUUUACAGCCAACAUUGUUGGUUUGGUUUUAAUUUUAAUUUGUAUACAACGAAAACCACGGGCACUGAAUAACAGACCCACCAACCCGAUUAUGAAAAGGAAGGGUAGAUGAUUUUUCCCACAAACCAAUAAAUAGGCACGAUAGGUAGCAAAAGUAAGAAAUUCAGCACAAGAGGAGCAAUGACGAGGCCACCAAACGAGAAUAUACCGACCGUUAAAUUAGUCGUAGUCGGCGACGGCGGCGUCGGGAAAAGUGCCAUAACAAUACAAUUUUUUCAAAAGUUAUUCGUGACCGAUUACGAUCCCACCAUCGAAGACAGCUACCUGCAGCACGUCGAAGUCGAUAGCCAGUGGUGUAUACUAGACGUUCUCGAUACUGCUGGGCAGGAGGAAUUCAGCGCUAUGAGAGAACAAUACAUGAGAAAAGGGGAUGGAUUUUUACUAGUGUAUUCUGUUACUGAUAAGAACAGUUAUGAGAACAUCACGCAUUUCCAUACUCAAAUCUUACGUGUCAAAGACAGAGACACUUAUCCCAUGUUGCUUGUGGCUAAUAAAGUAGAUCUUGUUCAUUUGAGGAAAGUAACAGAAGAACAAGGGCGCGAUUUAGCUCAUAGAUUAGGUAUUCCUUAUAUCGAAACCAGUGCAAAAGAUCCUCCGUUAAAUAUUGAUGCCACAUUUCACGAGGUGGUGAGGAUUAUUAGAAAUCAACCCCAGAAUGAAAAUGAUAAACGAAAAAAGAAGAAACUGCCAAAGUUUGGCAGGUGUAUAUUAUUAUAAGCGUCUUUAUAAUUGUUUUUUGCAGGCUUUAAUUCUGUACCUAUUCAGCUUUAAUAUUAAAAAGUGUUCAAUGUUGUUUAAAUGUGCCAGUAAUACUAUUUUAUGAGUCAAUAUGCUCAAAUUUUAGUAUUCUUUUACAGUUCGUAGGAUUAAGAUUGAUUUGUUAUGCAUUUUACUACAUCUUGUUGGAGUUGUUUCGUUAAAAUUCAGGCAAAUUUGAUAAGGAAAGAAAUUUUAAGACUUGAACUGGCUUUCUAUCUGUGAUUCACAAAAAAAUAUAAUACGUUUUUUGUAACUUUGAUAAUUAUGUUAUUCAGAUAGAAAUGAAAACAAUGUAAGCUGUAAUUUUAUGAAUCAUUCAUCCAAUUGAACCUAGUAAUUUAAUACGCCUUGUAUUAAUUUACUGAAUUUUUAUAAUUGCUUAUUAUAGAUGCUAGAGUUCUAGCAUUGAGGACCCAAUUGGCAGAAUUAGAAUUUAAGUAUUCCUUUAUAAAUAAUGCCAAAAAUAAUAAAAAAAAUCGAAAGUGUACGCCAAAGUUUUAUAGGAUUAAAUAUUUUUGAAAUUUGCAAAAGUUGAUACACAAAUUUCGAUUUAUUAAUUAAAAACGAUUCAAAAUCACUAUUGUAUUUUUCAAAAUUUAACCUACUCGUAGGUUAUAUAUGACAUGUAUUAAAUACUCUGUAAUGGAUUUUUGAAUGAUAAAAUUGUAAAUUUUUUCACUAGGCCUAAUAUUAAUUGUGAAAAUAUCGUUUAUGGUACUAAAUUUCACGUGAAUACGUGUGGGCAUAUUUCAACGAAUUCGAUGUUGUUGUAUAGACAAAAAUUACUUGUUUAAAUCAAGAUUUUCAUCUCGUUUUAUUUGAGAUAUAUACUUCUAUUAAAUCUGUAAAUAAAGUUAUUUAUUUUUUGUAUACUUAGCAAAUAUUUGCUUAAUUUUAAUAAGGAUAUAGAGGAUUUUACUUACAAAUUCUUUUGUAACUAACAAUUUUUUUGUGAUUAUCUUCAGUUUAUUUAUUAAUAAAUGUACUUGAAAUAUAAAUAAUGUUAUGCAAAUUACGUUGUUUUAGCUGGGGCUUUAGGUAAGGAAUGAACAGAAAAUCUUUUUUUAAUGUGAAUAAUUAUCAUAAAUAUAUUGAUUGAAAAAAAUAUAUUUUUUCAUCUAAUACUGAAGCCCUGGUUUGAACUAUCAACAAUAAAUUAUAAACCUACAAUAAAACUGCUAGGAAUUGACAUAAUAGUGCGAGAAAUUUUGUCUUUUAUAAAAAAUAAUAAUUUUCAAUUUACUUUUCAUAGACUUUCUGAAAUCUGCGAUAGUCGUGGGAAAAGUGUCGUAUGCCACUCCCAAGUUCUCGCUGAAUAUUAAGUGACUUUAAUCCACAUUUGUUUUUAAUUAAAAUUAUAGGAACUAGAAGGUAAAUACCAUAAAAAAUUAAAUGGUAAAUUAAUAAUAAGGUCUAAGAAUAUUUUAUCUACUUGUUAAAAAUUGAUUUUUUUUCAACGGCACUAUUUUCGUAAAUUACUGCAAAAGAAUAAAUUACCUACUUCACACAAAUAAUAGAAUCCAUUCCGUCCAUUCCAAGGGGUGAAUACCUAAAGCAAUUAAAAAAUAAGAAGAUAAUCUAUUACAUUUUUUUACAAAAGUUCAUUAAAUUUGAAUCGGCACUAGAAAGCCUAUUAAAUAUUGUUAUCUUUUAAUAAAGCAAUUGAGUAACCAAUUAACAGCUGCUUUAGGUAAAAUACCUCUGCCAUUAUCUUAUUGGGAUUUAUAUCAGUUUCAAAAAAAUAAUAAUUAUUAGCUUUUUGAUUUGUGAUUGAUAAUGCAACGAACAAAGUCUUAGGUUCCCUUCGAAAUUAAUAUUAUGAGGUACUAAUUUUAUUAAAAAAUAUGAAUUUUCACAAAAAAAACCUUUUAAACAUAGUGGAGUAAUUUAAUUACAUUUAAUUUCAUUAAAUAGUGGACCAACAUUUAAUGUUCAAAUUGUUUUAAAUCUUACAAUUAAUAGUUUCGAAAACUUAGAUAAAACAUCCUCAAAUCCAAUCUACAAAAUAACACUACAAUAAAACCGAAACUUUUGUUACUAUAAGAAAAACUUCAAGCGUAACAAAAAAACUUUUGCAAUUUUUUCGGAAUCAAUCGCCGUACUUUCCAACAACUUCCGAAAAUACUUACCAUAUACGUUCGAAUUCCAACGCUUAAAUUUUUAGAAAAACUUAGUUUUACUAAUUAAUUGAACAAUAAUAGAAAGAUCAAAUCACUUUCUAUACAUAUUUCCUGAAAUCUACGCGUUUUAGCUCGAACAGCCUGGACAUUAAAGGCUAUUAAUUAACUACGCACAGUACUAUAAACUGUUUAUUUGUGGGCAAUCCGUGUUCAUAAUUUAUUAUAGAGUACCUAUUUAAAUUAGGCUAUACAAUUGUUAAUGUAAUUUCGACAAAAUAAUGUACGUUAGUUAGUUGUAGUUUCAUCGAACUGGACGAAUACAAGUCAUUCUCCUUUGUGGGCAAAUUGAUGUUUAUAAGAAGCCUAUUUAUUCACCUAAUAUUAAGACUUAAUACGUAAGAAGUUAACGAUUAAUGAAGUAAUUGUUGUUCAAAUCAUGUGGGCAUAUCUGUUAAAUAGAUGGCAAUUGAUAAUGUAGUAAUUACAGUUUAUCCGAUAUAUUAUACAGCAUUGUUUUCAUUCAAUUUUUCGGCUUGUUAUUUUUUUUAAAGUAGUCAAUGUGCUUUAAGUUAAGUGUUGUUAAUAUCAAGUUUUAGUAAUACACUUUUUUGAAAGAUUUAUUUGAUUAUUGUGAACUGCAAUUGUGCAUAUACGUAUAGCUUUACAGUCUUUAAAGUGUU